AUGGGGCUACAAGGAUUGAUGUUAGCAUCAGAGAUCAAAUCUCGCAAAAGGCUGUCUGUUGGAGAAUCCAAUGACGACAACCAAUUGAAGAACUUUGACAUUAAAUCUUCUUCUUCACCUGACAUCUUCAGUGAAAUUAACACUUAUAGUGAUGCUGAAAGAAGUGAACAUAACUGCAUGUUUGUUGCAAGGCUGGAGACUAGAACUGGUUGCAAAGCAUUUAUUCGUUUAAUUGUUGAAGAUGGAAUUUGGAGGGUUACUGCCUUCAAUCCUGAACAUAAUCAUAAACUUGCAUUACAAUCAGAGCGGCAUUUGCUAAGAUCUGCUUGUCACAUUUCAAAAUUGAAGGCAGGUGUGAUUGAUUCUAUUGUAAAUGCGGGUUUGCGUUCUUUAGAAUUGGAUGAAGAUUUUCGAUGCAAGCAAGGUGCCCCACAAAAAAUAGUAAAAAAAAGUGGUAGUUUGGGUCAUGCAGCUCAGGUUUACACCUGUAAGAUAUUUAAAUUAUUUGAAAAUGAAUUUCUUAAUAGUCUUGCAAUGGUGGAGAAGCAAGUUGAUUGUCAAGAUACAAUUGAUGUUUUUGAGUUGAAAGAAGAAAAUAGUGAAAGGGUACAUAUUGUUCACUUUGAUCAUCUUACUAACAACAUUUCUUGUUCUUGUAAGAAGUUUGAAUCAUUAGGAGUUCUUUGCUGUCAUGCAUUGAGGGUUUUCAGUAUAAAAAAUUUGACUACAAUUCCAAAUCAAUAUAUUUCGAAACGUUGGAAAAAAGAUGCUAAGAAAGGGAUUAUGGCUUAUGAACAAGGUGCCAAUUCCAUUGCGAAUGGUAAAGAGGUUGAGAUCAUAUGGCGUAAUAGUAUGAUACGUAUAGCUAUAUACAAGAGUCAGGGGAAUGAUAGCCUUAAGAACAUUUGCCAAAAGAUACUUACCGAACUUGAUGAAAAAAUUGAAAGAGAGUUUGCAAGGUUGAAAUUGGGUACGGAUGAUAUGGACUUUGCAAAUAUUCCAUUUACAACUAUGUUGCAAAAUGUCAAUGUUGUAAACCAAUUUAGUGAGAAAAAUGAUAGCCACACAGAGAAGCUACAAAAGUAA